AUGGGGUUAAAAAAAAUUGCUGUGAUUUUAAUGUGUGCGUUGGCUGUCAAUGCCAACAGCAUUGUCGAUGAUACCGGUAGCAGUACAGUAGCAGCUACCAUCAGUAGCACCGACUCAUCAAGCACUGAAGCAACUGUGAGUAUCGAGAAUAUCAACUCAACUUUGGCACUGAGCGACAAUGAGGCUAAGAACAUCGAAGAUGCGCUCUACAACGAAAUCGUCUCAAGAGAUUUCUACCAGGCGGUACAUCGAACCGCGAUAAUGUAUGGAGCAGGAUGGGACUCCAUGAUUACGAAUGUCGUUAACCGGCUCAUCGAUAACGGCCAGUCCCAACUAAUUGAUUACGCAUACAAACUCACAGCUUCCAGGGGUACAUUCAUUGUCCGAGCACUCUUCCCUUCUGAAGUCCGCCUGCACGAAGAUCUGUUCUUCGUUAAAAUAAUCAGUUAUAAGUACGACUUUGCUCUUAAGUUCGGUCUCGGCGCAGACUUCGCCGGUGACAAAACAGCCUACGGCGAUUCCGAUACCAGCACCAGGUUUAGAGUUACAUGGAAGUUUGUCCCAUUCUGGAUAGGCGACAGAGUAUACUUCAAGAUUCGUCCAAUAGAUAUUGCGUACUUCUUGAAACUUGGGAAUACGAGAGACAGAGACGGUGACCACGGAGCUUAUGGAUCUACUAACCACGACACAGACAGGCACUUGUGGUACGUCAAACCAGUGAGACAUAAUGGCAAGCUCCUGUUCUACAUCAUCAACAAGGAGUACGAAGAACUCCUGAAACUCGGCCAAUCAACGGACGUUGAUGGUGAUCGUACAGCUUAUGGGCACUCCGAGAAGGACUUUAACCCAGAUAAAUUCGCUUGGUACAUUAAACUGGUAUAA